ACGACUUUUAUUCUGACAAAAAUGUGCAACGAACACUGUAAAUUGGUGUAACGUUAGCUAGGUGGACAUUGUAUUUAGCUAACUAACCCUACCUGUAGAUAUUUUUCUAGUGUUAUAUCAACAAGUUCGUUGGGAAAUCAGUAGAUUUUUUUCAACGAACAUAACUUUGUCUAUUUGCAACUCUUCAGCAGCCCCCUCCUGAGCAAGAUGAGUGCAGACGGGGGCGGCAAGCCUGCCAAGGUGGGCUCGGUGGUGGAGGUAAUCGGUAAGGGUCAGCGUGGCACGGUGGCUUACGUGGGCGCCACGCUCUUCGCCACUGGUAAGUGGGUGGGCGUGAUCCUGGACGAGCCCAAGGGCAAGAACGACGGCACGGUCCAGGGGAAGAGAUACUUUCAGUGUGAUGAGAACUGUGGUAUCUUCGUGCGCCAGUCCCAGAUCCAGCUAGUGGAAGAUGGAUCCAGUGCCACCUCUCCAGACACCCCAGAGGCGGCCACUGCCAAGUUCCUGCCCAAGCAGAAAGACAUUCCUGAGACUCCGAAAUCAGUCAAACAGAUGCCCAUUCCCAAGAAGUUCGUAACCCGCCGUAGUACCAAGUUGAACACUCCUGAUCGCCUCUCCUCCUCCAGCUCCCUCCCCUCCCUCCUCAUGACCCCCCGAGUCUUAGCCACCCCGGCCUCUGGUCUGUCCAGCUCUCUUUCCAGGGAGGAUGUCAGUGAGGGCAGCCUGUCUUCCAAGGGUGCACUGGGGGCUCCAGUUGUCCCCCUGCCCAGCGGCACCCCCACCACGCCCGGUGCUCCUCCCCCUGCCACCCCUAGCAAGGCUGAGCCUCCCGUAGCGAAGCAGGAGGAGGAGUCUCUGCGAGGUCAGGUGAAGGAUCUAGAGGAGAAGCUGGAGACCCUGAAGAUGAAGCGGGCAGAGGACAAGGUCAAGCUGAAGGAGCUGGAGAAGUACAAGAUCCAGCUGGAGCAGCUGCAGGAAUGGAAGACCAAGAUGCAGGAGCAGCAGGCCGACCUGCAGAAACAACUCAAGGAGGCCAAGAAGGAUGCUCGGGAGGCCCUGGAGUCUAAGGACCGCUACAUGGAGGAGAUGUCAGACACGGCAGACGCCAUCGAGAUGGCCACACUGGACAAGGAGAUGGCCGAGGAGCGGUCGGAGAGCUUGCAGGUGGAGGUGGAGUCACUGAAGGAGAAGGUGGAGGAGCUCACCAUGGACCUGGAGAUCAUCAAACACGAGGUCGAGGAGAAAGGUUCUGAUGGAGCUGCCUCCAGUUACCAUGUCAAGCAGCUGGAGGAGCAGAACAGCAGACUGAAAGAGGCUCUGGUCAGGAUGCGUGACCUGUCUUCCUCUGAGAAGCAGGAGCAUGUGAAGCUCCAGAAGCAGAUGGAGAAGAAGAAUGGAGAGCUGGAGACUCUGAGGACCCAGAAGGAGAAGCUACAGGAGGAGAUGAAGCAGGCUGAGGCCACCAUUGAUGAGCUGAAGGAGCAGGUUGAUGCUGCUCUCGGGGCAGAGGAGAUGGUGGAGACUCUGACUGAGAGGAAUCUGGACCUGGAGGAGAAAGUCCGAGAGCUCAGAGAGACUGUCACAGACCUGGAAGCGAUCAACGAGAUGAAUGACGAGCUGCAGGAGAACAGCAGGGAGACGGAGAUGGAGCUGAGGGAGCAGCUGGACUUGAACGGGGCCAGGGUGAGAGAGGCCCAGAAGAGGGUGGAGGCCGCUCAGGAGACGGUGGCUGACUAUCAGCAGACCAUCAACAAGUAUCGCGAGCUGACCACCAGCCUACAGGAUACCAACAGGGAGCUGACCAUUGCUCAGAAUGCCAAUGCAGAGCAGGUCCAACAGCCACCUGCAGAGCUGUUUGACUUCAAGAUCAAGUUUGCUGAGACCAAGGCCUACGCCAAGGCCAUCGAGAUGGAGCUGAGAAAGAUGGAGGUGGGCCAGGCCAACAGACAGGUGUCUCUCCUCACCUCCUUCAUGCCCGACUCCUUCCUGCGUCAUGGAGGAGACCACGACUGUAUUCUGGUGCUCUUGCUCAUACCAAGACUCAUUUGCAAGGCUGAGUUGAUCAGCAAGCAGGCCCAAGAGAAGUUUGAUCUGAAUGGUAACCCAGUGGAGAGGACUGGGAUGAAGAUGAGAGGACCACCUGGAGAACAACUCAGCUUUGCCUCUGGACUGGUGUAUUCUCUAACCCUGCUACAGGCCACGCUGCACAAAUAUGAACAAUCUCUGAACUGCUGCAGUGUGGAGGUGUAUAAGCGGAUGGGGACUCUCUACUCAGAGAUGAGUGUCCAUGAGCGUUCUCUAGACUUCUUUAUAGACCUGCUGCACAAAGACCAGCUGGAUGAGACUGUACACGUGGAGCCUCUCACCAAGGCCAUCAAGUACUACCAGCAACUGUACAGCAUCCACCUGGCUGAUCAGACUGAAGAUUGCACCGUGCAGCUGGCUGAUCACAUCAAGUUCAUCCAGAGUGCAUUGGACUGUAUGGGUGCAGAGGUGGUGCGUCUCAGGGCCUUCCUGCAGCCGGGGCAAGAGGGGGCUGACCUGAACAUCCUGCUGAAGGACCUAGACACAUCCUGCAGCGACAUCAAACAGUUCUGCAAGAAGAUCAGACGCAGGAUGCCAGGGACCGACGUGCCAGGGGUGCCCGCCGCUCUGGCCUUCGGCGCACCGGUGUCAGAGACUCUAACGGACUGCAGGCGUCAGCUGACUCGGGUGGUUGCCGUGCUACAGGAGGUAGCUGCGGCGGGGGCGCAGAUGGUCGCCCCUCUAGGAGAACAGGAGGGGCUCAACACCCUCAAACUGGAGGACGUGGCCUUCAAGGCUGUUGAACAGGUGUAUGGGUCCCAUGGCCUGAAUCCCCAUGAGUGUCUGCGUCAGUCCUGCAGCUCUGUCAUCUCCACCAUGAACAAGAUGGCUACCGCCAUGCAGGAGGGAGAGUAUGACGCCGAGCGACCACAGGGAAAGACUCCCCCGGUAGAGGCUCGUGCAGUGGCCCUCAGGGCAGAGAUCACUGACGCAGAGGGUCUGGGAGUCAAACUGGAGGACAGAGACACUGUCAUCAAGGAGCUCAAGAAGUCCCUGAAGAUCAAAGGAGAGGAGUUGAGUGAGGCCCACGUCCGUCUCAGCCUGCUAGAGAAGAAGCUGGAUACGUCCACUAAAGAUGCAGACGAACGUGUGGAGAAGAUCCAGACCAAACUGGAUGAGACCCUCGCCCUGCUCAAGAAGAAAGAGAAGGAGUUUGAGGAAACCAUGGAUGCCCUGCAGGCAGACAUCGACCAGCUGGAGGCAGAGAAAGCAGAGCUGAAGCAGCGUCUCUCCAACCAGUCAAAGGUGACCAUUGAGGGCCUCAGGGCCCCGCCUGCCUCUGGCAUCGCAUCCAUCGUUUCAGGAACCGCCGGAGCGGGUGUUGCCCCAGGAGCAGGGGGCCUGUCUGGGCCGAUGCAGGUGGUGGACUCCCCUCUCCUCCGUCAGCAGGUGGAGACCCAGAGACUGGGCAUCAAACACCUGAAGAACGAGAACAACAGACUGAAGGCGGAGAAGAUGAGAGCCCAGUUAGCCUCCCUCCCUCCCCUCCACGUCCCCAAGCUUCCUCUGAGAGAGGCCUCCACCUCUCCCCCUGCUGAGGGGCCUCUCCACGGGGCUCUCUACAGGAAGACAGACCAGCUCCUGGGGACCCUGCUCAAGAUGAGUGCCGCCGUUAAGGUGGUCGACAUCACCGGGAAGACUCCAGUGAGUGCGAGUGCUCAGCUCCUGGACCAGACAGCUCGACUGCAGUCUCUGAGUGACGCUCUGGACAAACUGAAGGGUGAAGUGUCAGAGCAUGUGGUUUCUCAGCAACCUGGGGCGAAGGUCUCCUCUGACUUUGCCACCUUCCCCAUUUCCUCCUUCGUCAAGGCCAAGGAGGAGAAGCAGGGGGGUACGGUGUUCAUAGGGCGCGUGGCCAUCCCAUGUGCCAAGGGCCAGGAGCAGGUGCACCGUCUUGUCCUAUCACAGCAGCACCUGCAGCAGGUGCACCGCCUCCUCAUGACCUAAGAUGCCAUCCCAUUGGCCUGCGUCCACAAGUGAUAGCAAGCUCAUCAGAUCACAGCAGAUGCAAAAAAUGUUUUCAGUUCCAGUCCAUUUCCUAUUCAUCAGAUUCUCUCAGGACACGGUUACACUACACCACCUGGUCAAAAGGUAUUACCGAUCUAUGCCAAAGAGACACACAAGUGUUCUCGUCUAGUUAUAAUACAUAGUAAUUGUUAUUCUUUACCAACACGCUCUACAUGAUUGUCAGAAGUCUUUAAAACGACUUGACUCGUAAAUGUUGCAUCUCUAGAAUUGAUUUAAAAGUAUGGAGAAACAAAUAACAAAAUGUAUGCACACCAAGCGAGAUGAUGGAGCAGAAAUUGGUUAACGGCAGAUGGCACAAUUAUUCAUGCAUUGCACUUUUUUUUUUGUACUGUGGUGAUUAUUUAAAUCUACACCUGUGUAAACCAGCAGUCGGGACCAAGCAAAUUCACCACUGAAAUAAAUGCCAUUUAGCCACGUUAAUGUGUGAUUCCCGUUUGAGAUGGACUAAUGUAUUCUAAAUCCAGGUGUCAAGGCACCCUAUGACAAUGAAGUUCCAAUUCAGACACCUUUAACUUAUGUUGAGAUGGGACGCUAAUUUGAGAAAUGUAGGGUGUUUGACAUGCCUACAGCAACCAGGUUUCACUGAUUUAUAAAUAGUGUUGGUGUUAGUCAUUCAACUGUGGUCUAUCAUAUGUACCGGUGUCAUUAUGGUAGAUGAAUGCAAGUAUGUCUGGGUGGAAAAGACAUGAAUUGUAAAUGCUGAAUAGUCUAACUUUCAGCACUAGCCACAUCCUAAUCUCAAAAGCCAUUAUACUGUAUAACGUGUUCAGUGCAGAACAUUUCAACCAUAUAUACCUACUCUCCAACAGUGUUCAUUGUGGACUGAGCGACUAUCCAUCUGUCCUGUAUCCAAAAACAGACCAAUAAAGUUCUUACCUAACAAAAUUGA